GCUAGCUAACUAGUCUUAAUUUAAAGCUCGAAGACAUUUACAGAAUUAACAUGUGAACUAGUUUUGAGUUUAAAAGAGAAAUGGGAUCCUCAAUAUGGCUGCUUCUUUUCUUCAUCGUUCAUAUAACCUUACACCACCUUGUUGCUCCCACCAUAGCCCAAAAUGACGUCUUAUGCACUUCGGAAGCUGAAUUUUGCUGGAGAUGUGCCGAUUUCGGCAAUUACAUUAAUGGCAGCAUCUUCCAACAAAACCUCAUCAGCCUCCUCUCCUCCUUUUCCAACACUUCCCAAAACCAAGACAACUAUGGCUUUCAAAACUCUUCUCUCGGACAAGGAUCCAACAAAGUUAAUGCCAUAGCAUUGUGUAGAGGAGACCUCGGACUCGAAGACUGUCGUAGCUGUCUCAACUACUCCACUCAGAGUCUCAUGCGAAACUGUUCAUAUAAAACGGAAGCAAUCUUAUGGGCAGAGCCUUGCAUGGUACGGUACUCUCAAGACUUAAUAUUUGGUAUUGAGGACGAGGAUCCUGUUGGGUAUCUGCCCAGCCCGAAUAACGCGUCAAAUGAGCAAGCAUUCAGGCUGGUGCUGAACCCCUUGUUGGAAAUUUUAAGUGACAAAGCUGCUUCGGGGGAUUCUCGUAAAAAAUAUGCAGCAGGACAUGCAACUGUUCUGGGAUACGAAACGAUAUAUGCACAUGCGCAGUGCACUCCGGACAUAGACAAAGUCAAUUGCAGUAAUUGCCUUAAGAAUUGCAUCUCUGCUCUUCCAGCAUGUUGCAGUGGAAAGUCAGGAGCAAGAGUUCUUAAACCAAGUUGUAAUAUACGGUUUGAGAACAAUCUUUUCUAUAUGUCUACAGCCGAUUCACAAGUAAAUAUUCCAGCUCCAGCUACUCCAGCGACUCCGGAAACUCCAUCUCCACCUGAGCGAGGAAAGAAGAGUAACACAAAAAUAAAUAUCAUCAUCAUAAUUGUGGUUGUGAUUGCUUUUGUCACUAUGCUUCUCGGUGGCAUAUGCAUUUUCUUAAGAGUCAAGCAGCCAAGGGUAAAACUUGAUGAUGAUACUUUGGAAGAAAUUAGUCUCGUGGAAUCGUUACAAUAUGACUUUGAAGAUAUUAGAUCAGCAACAGAUGACUUUUCUGAUGAAAAUAAGCUUGGACAAGGUGGAUUUGGAGUUGUUUACAAGGGUAGGCUAUAUAACGGACGAUAUAUAGCUGUGAAAAGACUCUCCAAGAGUUCUGAACAGGGUGAUCGUGAAUUUAAAAAUGAAGUCACGUUAGUUGCUCAACUUCAACACCGAAACUUAGUAAGACUCUUAGGCUUUUGCUUGAAAGGAGAGGAAAGGCUCCUCAUUUACGAAUAUAUACCUAAUACAAGUCUUGAUCAUUUCAUUUUUGACGCAACCAAUCAUGUAAUUUUGGAUUGGGAAACACGUUACAAAAUCAUAGGAGGAAUUGUACGUGGUCUUCUUUAUCUCCAUGAAGAUUCUCGACUUCGAAUUAUUCACCGUGAUCUCAAAGCCAGCAACAUUUUGUUAGAUGAAGAUAUGAACCCUAAAAUUGCAGACUUUGGUAUGGCAAGAUUGUUUGUGAUGGAUCAAACUCAAGGAGAUACAAAGACCAUCGUUGGGACCUAUGGAUACAUGGCACCUGAAUAUGCAAGUCAUGGACGCUUUUCUGUCAAGUCAGAUGUCUUCAGUUUUGGUGUGUUAGUUCUUGAAAUAAUUACUGGCAAGAAGAGUGGUAGUUUUCAUAAUGGUGAAAAUGAAGACGAUUUGUUAAGCUAUGUAUGGAGAAAUUGGAGGGAUGAUACAAUUCCAAAUAUCAUAGAUCCCCUGUUAACAACAAGCUCAAGAUAUGACAUAAUAAGAUGCAUCCACAUUGGUUUAUUAUGUGUCCAAGAAAAUGUGAAUGACAGACCAACCAUGACUUCAGUUGUUUCCAUGCUUAACAGUCAUUCUCUCACACUCUCAACACCUUCACGACCUCCAUAUUAUUGGCAUUAUAACACUGAUUCAGAAACAUCAGGGUCGGGAUUUAGACUUACAGAGACAUCUUAUAAAUCCGGAAGCUCUGUGCCAAGAAGAGUGGUUUCUGAUAUUACUGAAGUAUAUCCACGCUAGGGGCCCAAGUAUUUUAAUUUACUACCAUUAAUGGAGAUCCUUUAUUUAUUUAAGUAAACGUUUGAGCUUGAUGGUUCCAUCAAAAUCAAUAGUGUUGCAGAAAGUCUGUGUAUGUACGUAACAGUUGAGGUUGAGGUCAAAUGGUUAGUUUGAUGCCGUUUAUCUUAUGUGGUUUUCUCUAUUAUUGAAAUAAAUGAGCAAUUUGAAUUUCUAGUUA